AUGCAGAAACAACAGGAGCUUGACAGAGAGAGUGUCCAAAUGCUAUUGGCAUUCGGAUCGGACCAAAUACAAAAGGCUGGAAUAUUGCUACAACUUCACGCAGUAACAAUAGCAUCAGGACAGUCAAUAUUGCACAAGUUUUACGUGUCACAUAACCUAAAGGAAUAUAAUAUAAAACCUACAUCAGCAGCUUGUUGUUUUUUAGCAUGUAAAUUGGAGGAGAACCACAGGAAGUUGGAGCAAGUGGCCAAAAUAUUUGAAUUUUUGAGAUACUACGAAGAUGAAAGUAAAUCAUACAAGUACUCGUCAGAGAACGAGAACAUCCUGAAAAAGGAAAUUCUGAGAAUAGAGAGGGAAAUACUGGUAGGAUUCGCAUUCAGGCUCGACAAGAUCAUGGUACUGCCACAUAGAUACAUACUCCAGUACACGUACGCACUGUUCCGAAACUUGGACAAGUACACAUCGCACAGCGUGGAUAAGCUGGCACAGAGAGCCUGGGGGUACCUGAACGACAGUAUGAGGACGUCACUGUGUUGCGAAAUCAGGCCAGGAGUAAUCGCAGCAGGGUGUAUAUACCUAUCGGCCACGUCGCUGGGAAUACCACUGAAAAAGGAAACCGAGUGGUUUCAAGUAUUUGAAGCAACCUGGGAAGAAAUAAUAAAAGUGUGUAAAGAAAUGGAUAGACUUUACGCAAUGGGAAAGCCAAAAUACAUAGAAGUAUAG